AUGAAUGCUAUUCGGUCUAGUGUCAUCAAAAAUUUGUGGAACGAACGUAAUGAGGUGCUGUUUGGCUCCCAACCCACCCCUUCCGGCGUUUUGGUUAAACGAGCGAAGGACUAUGAUGAUGAAUUUAAAUGGUCUUCUGUUGCCAAUCAUAGGAGCUUAUCCUCGCCGGUUCGUGAUGUUAAAUGGAGGCCUCCUACGGGUAAUUGUUUCAAGCUGAACGUGGAUGGGGCAACUGACAUGGAGCCGGGAGCUAGGGGAGCUGGUGCAAUCGUCCGUGACUCUCAAGGCAAUCUGGUUGGGGCUCUAGCUAUGCGGGCACCAAGUCGGAUCUCUGUACUUGCAACAGAGCUGUAUGCUCUUAAGGUCGGACUCUCUUUUGCGUUGGAGAUUGAGUCUGAUUCCUUGCAGGCAGUUUCUAUGGUCAACAGUGAGGAGGAAUGCCUUGAUGCUGAGGGAGGUCUGGUGGAUGGGGUGCAACGCCUCCUGGUCAGUUCUGCGUCUUCUACUGUUCGCUAUAUUCCUCGCCAAGCGAACAAGGCUGCCCACCGAAUUGCCCGCUUCAGUCUUCGCGAUCAAAGUUUGUCGUACUGGUUGGAUGUGGGUCCUUUGUGGCUUAUGGAUGCUGUUUUUGAUGAUUGGCAUGUGCCUACUAUCGUUUGA